AUGUCGGUCAUCAAUAUAUCCUCGAAUGAGCAAUUUAACACGCUCCUCAACUCCUCCCGCGUCGUCGUCGCCGAUUUCUAUGCCGACUGGUGCGGACCAUGCAAAGCAAUCGCUCCCGUAUAUGACUCACUGGCUCGCCAGCUGACACGUCCGAACCAAAUCACAUUCACUAAGAUCAAUGGUGAUCAGCAGAAGGACCUGGCGCAGGCGUAUAGCGUGCGAGCUUACCCUACCUUCAUCGUUUUUGAGAACGGCCGCAAGACCCAGACCGUCGCCGGCGCAGACCCCCGCCGCCUAAACGAAGUCAUCCAGAAACUCGCUACCGAAGCCACAAAGUCCGACGGCGCAGCAGGCGGCGAUGGUGAAUCCAGCGGCGGCUGGUUCGGUGCCACCGUGGCCAAGGGCUACUCGGACGUGUCCGACCAAGUCGACGUGAAGGGACUGGAGCUUCUGAACCGGGACAACGAGCGGGGCGAGGCGCGCGUGCUGUUCGAAGGCACCAAGCCAUCAGGGAUUGCGGGCAAGGGCAAGGGCAAGGCCGAGGGAAAGGCGGAUUGGGUGGAGAGUGAUACGGAUGAGCAGCUUAUGCUUUACAUCCCGCUCCAGUCAACGCUGAAGGUUCACUCGUUGCAUAUCACCUCUUUUGCGGUCCCUGAUGAGGAUGACGACGAGGCACCCAUGCGGCCAAAGACUAUCAAGCUUUAUGUCAACCGCUCGCAUGUGCUUGGAUUUGACGAGGCAGAUGAUAUCCCGGCCGUGCAGACCGUGGAGAUUAAGGAGGAGGACUGGGAUGCGAAGACAGGAACUGCUCGGGUUGAUUUGCGCUUUGUUAAGUUCCAGAACGUUACCUCGUUGGUCCUGUUCUUCGUGGAUGGCGAUGGAGACAGCGAAAAGUUGCGUGUUGACCGGGUUCGCAUUAUUGGCGACUCAGGCGAGAAGCGCUCAAUGGGCAAGCUGGAGAAGAUUGGCGAUGAGCCUGGAGAGUAA